CCCGGAAGUGGCGCCGCUGCGGAGGCGCCGGGCGGGAUGGGGGAGUCGAUCCCGCUGGGUGCGCCCGUGCCGGUGGAGCAGGCCGUGCUGGAGACCUUUUUCUCCCACCUGGGCAUCUUCUCCUACGACAAGGCCAAGGACAACGUGGAGAAGGAGCGGGAGGCCAACAAGAGCGCGGGGUCCAGCUGGCUGGCGCUGCUGGCCGGGCUGGCGCACCUGGCGGCGGCCGAGAAGGCCUAUCACAGCAUGACCUUCCUGGGACAGAAGCUAGGUGGUCAGUCAUUCUUCAGCCGAAAGGACUCCAUCCGAACCAUCUACACAUCUCUGCAUAAUGAGCUGAAGAAGGUGGUGGCGACGGGUCACAAUGCACUAGGAGGAACAGCUCCUCACUUGGAAGAGCUGCUUUCUCACCUGUCUGAACAGCUCUGUUUUUUUGUUCAGGCUCGGAUGGAAAUUGCUGACUUCUAUGAAAAAAUGUACACGCUCAGCACCCAAAAGUUCAUUAACUCUGAGGAACUGGUAAACAUUUUGGAAUCCAUCUUAAAGAAAUACAGCUCAAGAUUUCAUCAUCCAAUCCUCAGUCCUCUUGAAAGCAGUUUCCAGCUGGAAGUAGAUGUGCUUGCUCAUCUCUUAAAGGCUCAGACUCAGAUCUCAGAGUGGAAGUUCCUUCCGUCCCUGGUCAACUUGCACAGUGCUCACACAAAACUACAGACUUGGGGUCAAAUUUUUGAGAAACAACGAGAGACCAAGAAGCACCUGUUUGGAGGGCAGUCUCAGAAGGCUGUACAACCUCCACACCUCUUCCUCUGGCUGAUGAAGCUCAAAAACAUUCUCCUUGCCAAGUUUAGCUUUUACUUUCAUGAGGCCCUUAGUCGACAGACAACAGCAUCUGAAAUGAAAACUUUGACUGCUAAAACAAAUCCUGAUUACUUUGGGAAAAUUUCCAGCUUCAUCCGGAAGUAUGAUGCCAUCAAUGUUUCCUUAAUUUUUGACAAUCGUGGAUCGGAGAGUUUCCAGGGACAUGGUUAUCACCAUCCCCAUUCAUACAGGGAAGCCCCCAAAGGAGUGGAUCAGUACCCUGCGGUGGUGUCUCUGCCCAGUGACAGGCCUGUCAUGCACUGGCCCAAUGUGAUCAUGAUUAUGACUGAUAGAACCUCUGACCUCAACAGCUUGGAGAAGGUUGUUCACUUCUAUGAUGACAAAGUCCAAAGCACGUACUUUCUGACGCGCCCUGAACCUCACUUUACCAUUGUAGUUAUUUUUGAAUCCAAGAAGUCGGAAAGGGACUAUCAUUUUAUUUCUUUUCUCAAUGAAAUUUCACAUUCUCUUAAGAACUCCAAAGCUUUUGCGAGCUUGAAGCCUGGAUCCAAAGGGUGAAAUACAGACUGUUUACAAGUUGUCAAGGCAGUAUGUCAGCCUUGAGGGAGCUGUAGCUUUCAAGAGUUACAUAAAUUUGUGAUUCUCAGAGUCUAAUUGAAAAGGAACUUUUUUUUUAAUGUUAUAAGUUCCUUUCUUUUAAGCUAGCAGACACUUGAAAAGUAUUUUUGGGCAGUACUCAGUGGGGCAAUUUAAUUGUGGGGUGCUAAAUAGCCACAGUGGGAUUUUUUUGGUGUGGUUUUCAGUAUUCAGUAUGAUUUAUUUUUUCAGUCCAACAAUUUUGUUGCCUGUAUCAGAAAGGAAUAUAUGCACUUUAUCUUAGUCUGAUCACUGACUGUCUUCUACAGAGUUUAUUGAAAAUGUCGUAAGGAUGUAUCUUUUCAGAAAACUGCAUUGCCUGACAGGAAUGAUUUCUGGGAACUAAAUGCUGAUGCAAGGGAAUAUUAGAAAAAGUGAACCUGCAAGGAUACAUUUUAAAUAAAAAUAUGAGAAUCAGGAAAA